AUGGAGUAUAAGUCUAUAGACAUGGUACUGAAGACAGAUGACGCAGUUCACUAUCCUGUGGAGUUUCUCAACGCACUUAAUCCCCCUGGUUUUCCAGCACAUAAGUUAGUCUUUAAAGUAGGAACUCCAAUUAUGCUGUUGCGAAAUCUUCAUCCACCCAAACUCUGCAAUGGUACUAGACUGUGCGUGAAAGCACUCCAAAACAAUUUCAUUGAGGCAAUAAUAAUUACAGGCUGUGCUCAAGGAGAAUCAACGCUUAUACCACGUAUACCACUUUUAUCAUCAAACUAUCCAUUCGAAUUUAAAAGACUGCAGUUUCCUAUCAAGGUAUCUUUUGCAAUGACUAUAAAUAAGUCGCAAAGGCAGUCGUUGAAGAUAGCAGGAAUUGACUUGAGUGAUGACUGCUUUACGCAUUACGCAUGGGCAAUUUUAUGUGGCAUGCUCCAGAUGUAG